AGGACGAGUAGAGCUGUGGAUUGGACCGGCUCAGCUGGCCAUUAUAAUCAAGAAAUGCGCUCAGAAGCUUUUUAUCGUUCGUUCUAAAGUGGUCAAUGCCAACGAUUCCUCCGAGGGCAAUGGGCUGGUGUGCAGUUGAGCCGACGUGAGAACAGGGUCCCCAAAGGAACCGCUUCGGUCCGCCCGCACAUGGGAACCGUGUCUCCCCACUUGACCCGCAUUUUAACAUUUUGAAGACGGACAUGUCUAGAGACAACAUGACAGAUGUACGAGGAGCCCAUUCCCACAAUGCGAGCCCCGCUUCAAUUAAGGAGAACGGACACGCCGUGCCGAGCCCCGCUCAACCCAACUUUCCGCAUCCCUCAGCGGGGAACAUACCCGACGACACCCCGGUGUCCUCCACUAGCGAGCUGACCCAGACCUGGGUUCACCUUGCAAAAACGUUUGUUCUCAUUUUCCCCAUUUACGCACUGGGCUAUUUUGAGUUCAGUUUCAGCUGGCUGUUGAUCGGACUUGUAAUUUUUUUCUGGUGGAGGAGAAACACGGGAGGGAAGCACAGCCGACUGAGUCGAGCUCUUGCUUUCUUUGAGCAGGAGGAGAGAAGUGUCAAGCAGAGUCUGACGACCUCUGAUUUACCGCCAUGGGUCCACUUCCCUGACGUGGAGCGAGUGGAGUGGCUAAACAAGACAGUGAAACAAAUGUGGCCCUACAUAUGCCAGUUUGUGGAAAAACUGUUCCACGAGACGAUCGAGCCGGCGGUGAAGGAAUCCAACUCCCACCUCAGCACCUUCUGCUUCAGCAAGAUCGAUCUAGGAGACAAACCCCUGAGGGUCAACGGGGUCAAGGUUUAUACAGAAAAUGUGGAUAAGCGGCAGAUUAUCAUGGACCUGCAGAUCAGCUUUGUCGGAAACACUGAGAUUGAUGUAGAUAUCAAACGCUACUACUGCAAAGCUGGCAUUAAGAGCAUCCAGAUCCACGGCGUGUUGAGAGUGGUGAUGGAGCCGUUGCUGGGUGAUAUGCCUCUUGUUGGAGCUCUGUCUGUGUUCUUCCUCAAGAAGCCACUUCUGGACAUUAACUGGACCGGCCUCACCAAUAUACUUGACAUUCCUGGACUCAAUGGCUUCUCUGACAGUCUGAUUCAAGACAUCAUCUACAGUUAUCUGGUUUUACCAAAUCGUAUCACCAUCCCACUGGUCGGGGACGUGGAACUGGCCAAGCUACGCUUCCCCAUGCCGAAGGGAGUUCUGAGGAUUCACUUCCUGGAGGCUCAGGAUCUGGAAGGGAAGGAUAAAUUUCUGGGAGGGCUGAUAAAGGGCAAGUCUGACCCGUAUGGGGUCCUGCAGAUCGGCAACCAGCUGUUCCAGAGCAAAACGGUCAAGGAGAGCCUCCAUCCCAAAUGGAACGAAGUUUACGAGGCGCUGGUGUACGAGCACUCAGGUCAACACCUUGAGAUUGAGCUGUUUGAUGAGGAUCCGGACAAAGAUGAUUUCCUGGGAAGCCUGAUGAUCGAUAUGACUGAGCUGCACAAAGAGCAAAAGGUUGAUGAGUGGUUUAACCUGGAAGAAACUUCUACUGGGAAACUCCACUUAAAACUGGAGUGGCUGUCACUGCUCUCCUCUCCUGAGAAGUUGGACCAGGUGCUGCGAAGUGUGCGUGCAGACAGAAGCCUGGCCAAUGAUGGGUUAUCGUCAGCACUGCUUGUGGUCUAUUUGGACUCAGCAAAGAACCUGCCAUCUGCAAAGAAGAGCAGCAGCGAACCCAGUCCUUAUGUGCAGUUGACUGUUGGGCACAAAACACUUGAGAGCAAGAUCCGGUACAAGACCAAAGAGCCUCUGUGGGAAGAUUGUUUCUCAUUCCUCGUUCACAACCCCAGGAGGCAGGAGCUCGAGGUGGAGGUAAAAGAUGACAAGCACAAAUGCACUCUGGGUAAUUUGACGGUGCCUCUGAGUAGCCUGUUAGUGGAGGAAGACAUGACGCUGACUCAGUGCUUUCCUCUGAAGAACUCCGGACCCAGCUCCACCAUCAAACUUAAGAUGGCCCUGAGGAUCCUCUCCCUGGAGAAGCAGGUUUCCUCAGACCAACCUUCCUCCGUCCAGGUCAGGAAGUCCAGCGUGCCGCAGCCAAGCACAGCCCCCGCCCAGAGACGAUCUGCCUCAGAUUCCCCGCUGCCUCCACCUACGCCUCCGCCACCUAUAGACGUUUCCACCCUCACCCUCCAGCAAAGGGACGGCGAGCCAUACUCAGCCAGCCCACGCCGCAGUACCUCCAACCUGAGCACCUGCAUGUCCAGCUCCCAGAAACACCUGCCUCAUAAGGAGUCCACACCCAGCCUGGCCUCCGAUAUCUCCCUGCCCUUCGCCACCUUGGAGCUUCAGCAAAGGCUUCGUCAGCUGCAGAAUGGCUCGGCACCCAGCCAGUAUCCCCUGGGUGAGGUCCAGCUGACUGUUCGACACAGCUCCCAGAGGAACAAACUCAUUGUGGUGGUGCACGCUUGCCGUAACUUGAUAGCCUUCACCAAAGACAGUUCAGAUCCCUUCAUCCGCCUCUAUUUGCUGCCCGACAAGAGCCGGACGGGGAGGAGGAAGACCGGCACAAUGAAGAGGACCCUUAACCCAGUUUAUGAUCAAACGUUUGAGUUUAGUGUAUCUAUGGUGGAGCUCCACAGGAGAACUCUGGAUGUAGCAGUGAAGAACGGAGGGAGCAUCCUGUCCAAACACAAAGGGCUUUUGGGAAAGGUGCUGGUAGAUUUAAGUGGGGAGGAUAUAUCAAAGGGAUGGACUCAAUGGUAUGAUCUGAGUGAAGAUGGUUUGUCGUCUCAAGGCAUAAGAAGUAUUCAAGACCCCCUCCUCACAUAGUCAAACCGCCUCCCUGCUGUAAUAUAGUGAUCUUGUUCAUAUAAGGGCACAUCAUUUAUUGUAUUCAUGUACAUUUUUCAUAUAGUUUACAGCAUUUAUUUCCGCAUGCAAGAAGUUUUUUAAACUUUUCCAGUCAUUUCAUUCAUGAUCAUGAUUGGAAGAUAUUGUAACAUAUUGUACUGCUAUUGUACACACUAACUGCCUUGUCUCUGUUUUCAGUGUUCUAUGUAAAUAUCAGUUUGUUAAUAUGUACUUACAAGAAUUAGCAGGAGUUGUCAUGGCAUUUUAUUUCUUUAAGGGAAAUGAUAUUGAAAUGUGUCAGAAUUGUUACUGCUUUCUGUCCAGUUUGUUCAAAUGUGACAAAUUCUGUUUUGUCGUCUGAGAAAACUCUUACCAAAGGAACAGAAACAAUCACAAAUGUAGGCCUAAGUAGCAGUCUUGACUCUGAUAUGUUUUUGUCAUGCAGUGUUAUUUGAUUUUUUAUUGUUCUUUAUGCUUGAUUACAAACAUGGAAUGAAUACAUGCAAAGAAUGAAAUGAUUGCUCUGUGUACUGUGUGCAAUAUUGGUUGUUCUGAAAGUUGUCUCAGAUACUGACGACCUGAGGGCAUUUUAGGGCUAUGAACAAGUGCUGUGUUUUAUGAACAAUAUAGAGGAUACUUGAAUAAGGUUUUGACUGUUGUUCAAACCAGUCGAGUCCAACAAACAAAAUAAUGUGAGCAGAGACAACAGUUAUUGCAUUUUAUGAGCAGGGCUGCCAGAAUUAGUUGUUAGGAUGACAGCUAUGUCAUAGACUUGUACAUGUUUUCCCAUGCUGUUGGGGCGUUAUAGACUUUUCUUGUUAUCUAUCCUGUGCCUUAAAAAAACGCAAUGUAAUUUUUGCCUUCUUAAUGUUAUUAUUUUGAAUGAUGCCUCAUUGGUUUUGAAAAAUAAAUGGUUUCUCUUG